AGGGCGCCUGGCUGUUGCCAGGGCCGCGGAAAACAAUCAGGUAGGCUCUGCAGACUCCUGGCUGCGAGCUCCAGCGAGCGGUUUGGGGAGCUUAGCUCUGCUCCCUUCGAGUCCGUUCGCUAUGAGCAGCGAGUUCCUGUCAGAGCUGCAAUGGGAAGAUGGGUUCGCCAUCCCCGUGGCCAAUCAAGAGAACAAGAUGCUGGAGGACCAGUUAUCAAAACUACAGAAGGAAAAAUCAAACUUACAAGAUCAGCUUCGGGACUACGAAGAUCGAAUUAAUUCGAUGUCUUCUCAUCUUAAGAAUGUUAAUCAAGAAUUUUUAUUUACUCAGUCUCUUUACAAAGCAAGGGAGAAUGAAAUCGAAAGUGAAGAACAUUUUAAGGCCAUUGCUGAAAGAGAACUGGCACGGGUCAAGGAUGAGAUGCAACAUCUGGAGAAGGAAAUGGAGACCAUUCGGGAGCGCAGGAGUGAUAAGGAAAAUGGCAUAUUUAAAACUACCCAAAAGCUGGAUGGCUUGAAAUGUCAGAUGAAUUGGGACCAGCAAGCGCUGGAGGCCUGGUUAGAGGAAUCUGCCCACAAAGACAACGAUUCCCUUACCCUUGAGAAGUACGCGAAGCAAGAUGAUAACAAAAUCAGGGCACUGGCCCUGCAGUUAGAAAGGCUGACCAUGGAUUGCAAUGAGAAGAGGAAGGUUCUCGACAAUGAGCUCACAGAGACGCUAAGUGCACAGUUAGAACUGGAUAAAGCCUCACAGGACUUCCGGAAGAUUCACUUAGAACGACAGGAGCUCAUCAGACAGUGGGAGAAUACUAUCGAGCAGAUGCAGAGGCGGGAUCAGGAGAUAGACAACUGCGCGCUGAAAUUAUCAAGGAUAAAACAGGAAGCAAGAGAAAAAGAAGUCCUGGUGAAGGAGAAGAUCAAGUUUCUGGAGAAUGAGGUUGGGAACAAUGCGGAAUUUGAGAGAAGAAUCGCUGCUUCCGAGCGUAAAGUGUUAAAGUGCAGGAUCGAAUACCAGCGAAAUGAAGCCAGCAGAAGUCAGCUCAAGGAUGAGCUGGAUACUUUAAAAACCACUCUGAAUAGAACAUCCAGUGAGUUAGAAGCUGUGAGGAAAAACAUUUCCAGAGUCAAGAAGGAUAUCCACGAUGAAGCAGCAAAAUUACAAAAACUUAAACAUCACAAUGAGGUUGUAAAGGAAAAAUUAAAGAAGAUAACGGAGAAGACCAUAUCUGUUGAAGAGAAAGCUACCAGCAUGGAAAGCAUGCUGAAGGAGGAGGAGAAAAGUGUGAAGGAAGUGGAAAUUCAGCUGAACAUAGUGAAAGAUGUGCUAUUUAAGAAAUCUCAGGAGUUACAAAAUGAGACAAUGAAAGAGAAGGCUUUGGUAGCAGAGAUCGAGGGAACCCGUUCCUCCCUGAAACAUCUUAAUCAACGCUUACACAAGCUGGAUUUUGAAACCCUGAAGCAGCAGGAAAUUAUGUACAGUCAGGAUUUUUACAUUCAGCAAGUAGAACGCAGAAUGUCACGAUUAAAAGGCGAAAUUAAUUCAGAGGAGAAGCAAACCCUUGAAACAAAAAUCCUUGAACUUAAGAAGUCACUGGAUGAGAAAAAGUCCACGCUUUCCCUUUUGGAAGUGCAGAUCAAGAAGCUCCAUAAUGACCUCUACUUCAUUAAGAAGUCAGCCAGUAAAAACAGUGAUGAGAAACAGUCUCUCAUGAGUAAAAUAAGUGAACUGCGCCUUUUUGUUGACAGAUCCGAGAAGGAAUUGAACAAAACCAGAGCUAUGAAACAGGAUUUGAUGAUUGACGACAAUCUUUUAAAACUGGAGGUUAAACGCACUCGAGAAAUGCUUCACAGCAGGGCAGAGGAAGUCCAUUCCCUAGAGAAAAGGAAACAGGAGCUGUGCACAGCCAUGGAAGAAAGAGCUGAAGAAAUUAAGGUGCACAAAUCCAUGCUUAGUGCACAGAUAAGAUAUGCUGACCAGCAGCGGCAAACUGUGAAUACUGAAUUGCAAGAACGGUUAAGUAAAAUUGAAAAGCUUAAGAACAGAUAUGAAAUUCUCACUGUUGUUAUGCUGCCUCCUGAAGGAGAAGAGGAGAAAACACAGGCCUAUUACGUAAUAAAGGCUGCUCAGGAAAAAGAAGAACUUCAAAGGCAAGGUGACAGCUUGGAUGCUAAGAUCAACAAAGCUGAAAAAGAAAUCUAUGCACUGCAAAACACCUUGCAAGUGCUGAACAGCUGCAACAACAAUUAUAAGCAAUCUUUCAAAAAAGUGACACCAUCAAGUGAUGAAUAUGGAUUAAAAAUUCAACUAGAAGAACAAAAAAGGACUGCGGAUGAGAAAUACAGAUACAAACAAAGGCAAAUCAGAGAACUUCAAGAAGACAUCCAGAGCAUGGAAAACACUUUGGAAGUUAUAGAACACUUAGCAAAUAAUACCGAAGAGAAAUUAGCAGAGAAACAAGCCUAUUCACUUCAACUUCGUAAGGAGACUGAGGAGCAGAAGCCCAAAUUAGAGCGAGUAAUUAAGCAGUGUGGAAGACUCAAAAGAGAAAUCCGCAUUUUGAAAGAAACAAAUGAGGAAACACCGGAAGAACAAGAUAUUAAACUCCGUGAGAUUAAACACUUUCACAAGGACAUUGAGCAAAUGUUACUUAAUGUCAUGGAAAAUGCUGAAAUCCAUGUUGUUCUUCGAGUAUACUUUGAGCAGAAUGGGUUAGAACUACCCACACCUAAAGUCCCAAGCUCUGCAUCUUCUUCAGAGUCUUCAGUUUCAUCAAUCAGGUCGCUUGAAAGUUCUACCUCUUCAGCUACAGAUGAGACGGUACAGCAAAGCUUGUUAGGGUCUUGGCCAGAAAGCAACAGUCCUAGGGCACCUAGUAAUGGCAAUAACUCCGGCAUGCCUAAAGGAAAAAAGCCCAGCAAAUAAGCUUUUUUUUUUUUUAAGACUCUUGUACAAAGUUUGAACACAAAUGAAAAUCUCAUUAAUUUUUAAGUCUUCCUUCUUUCCAGGUUCCAUUUAUUAACAGUACAGACCUACUAAAAUAGUACCAGAAGUACAGACUAGAAAAAAGUUGUGCACAGUGGCUAUAAGAACUGUUUGAGAAAAGAACAAAGGAAGUUUUCUCUCUUCCCCACUGCUUUAUUUAUAGAGAAGGAAAACUGCAGAACCUUAGCCAGGCCACAUGUUAAAGCACUGAUGUCUGCAGUUAGAUGUUUUAUGAAGUAACAAAUAUUCUCUCAUGAAUAAGAUUUAGUCUAUAUCUCAAUUAAGAAAUUUUCAUUUACUCUAGAUUACAAAAUUACUUUAAAAAAAUUUAAAAAGCAAACAAUCCCAUCCUCAGAUUCUUUUUUUUGGAGGUGGGGUGGACCUGCUGCUAAAGGCUGUUAGUUUGUUUUGGUUAUAAUAUGUAGCCAAAUAUAGCAUCAUUACCACUCCCUCAAGAAAACAUUUAGCAAGAAAAACACUGUACAUGUAUAUGUGGUUACAUAUACAUUUAUCUCUAUAUAUGCUUGCAUAAAGUACAAUGUAAGCUGCUACAAUGCUUCUAUUCUGACCUUGAAAGAACUGAACAUAUUACAUUUACACUUGAGGGAUAUAUUGCAUACUGUAUUUAAAAUUGCUUUUUCCACCUAAUACUUUAUUUCCAGCACGUUGAACUUUUUGGACUAGAGUGGGAAAUAAUACUAUAAAGCUAGAUUUCAGAUACAUUAGCAUUACGGUAUGUAAUCAGCACCUCCUUAAAUCUUGGAAAAGUAUUCAUUACAGCAGCGACUGCUGUAAGCAACCACGGAACCACUGCUCAGCCACUUCUGAAAAAGCAGUAGUGGUUGUUUCUACCAACGAGCACCUUUAAUUUAGAGAUAGGAAGGUAUAGUUAAUUCUAGUAACUAGAAAGCCUAAGAAAACCAUGGGCACUUUUUGGUUGAAACGUUGCCUAAAUGCAUGACAUGUUUAAGAUCUAAAACUGAUUAAUACUAUCAUAAUUUUGUUCACCAAUGUUUUGAUUCUCAGUCAUGUAUUAUUAGUUUGUAAGUUACUUGGAACUUAAAAAAUUAAACUUUGUUUGACGAAGGCAAGGUUUUGUUUCUUGCUAGGGAGAAUGCUUUUCUAUGCAUUUUCUUGUAAUACAGAGAUGAUUAACGCAGGCUUUUUAAAGUAACACAUAAAUAACAUAUAAGCAAACCACACUGACCUUGAACGUUGUAACUGCACGUACAGAGCUAGCUUCUACCUAUUGGAGUCACUUCUGGAAUGGCCAGCAUCCAAGUUUACAUUUAAUCACUAUACUAACUACAUGUAAUAAUGCUAAUGGUAAGACAAAGGAUUACCCCUCUGUUUGCAGAUCUGGAGUUAACAGUCCGAAUCCACAGUUCUUCUCAUGGGAACCAAGAUAACUCUAGCCAGGGUACAUACAAACUAUGGAUAUAUUAAUGUGAAAGAAACUACCUGAAGACAUCACGUAGGAUCAGUUUAAAUCUCCGAUAUUUUUUCCUGAGACGACUCCUUAAAUAUCCCAAGGAACUGGAUGCUCACACUAGCGUAGUUUGCUUAAAUUAGUAUGUCCUAGGAAAAGAUGUACUUUCUAAAUUCUGGUAGCUUAACCCCCAAGGCUCUACCCUAAGGGUUAUGUAAGAUGAUACGUGCAAGGUUAUAAGGUGCACUAGAGAUUCUCAAGGAUCAAGGGGUGUGUAGGAAGGUAGUUUUCACUCUUAACAAUAACUCUCCCGCACCUCCCAGCUAAGCAUACAGUAUUCUUUAAGAAUUUCUUGGUACUGGGCUAGCAAAAUGGCUCAGUAGAUAGAGGUACUUGCUGUCAAGUCCAAAUUUCUUUCCUGGGACCCAUUAGGUGAAGAAGAAACUCAAGUUGACCUCCAACCUGCAUGUAUGUGGCACACAUAAUCACCGCCCUUGCUCUGGCCCCCCAUAAUAAUAAAAAUAAUAAUAAUAAUAAAAAGUUCCUUGGUGCAAAAACUAAUGUUGAAGUGAUUAUGCAAUUUAUGCUAAUGUUCUUAAGGUUUUUUUUUCUCUAUUAUACUAUAAAACAAGUUUCAGAUUUUACAGUAGUUUUCCACCACUAUAAUUUGGUACAAAUAGUACAGU